AUGAAUUAAGAAGCCGAUCCUGAAUUUACAUUCUCAGGAGUAAUUAAUAAGGAAAGCAAAAAAAUUUACGAUGGUCUAAUGAAAAUAAAGCGUAAUGAUGUUUUGUAUUUAUUUUAAUUUAUAGCCUUUUUAUAUCUGCGUAACUAAUAAGAUAGAUUUUCUUUCAAUUGGCAGAACAAAUUCUCAUCACUUCACUUUGUAAGUAGAGAAAAUAAAAACGAAUUAACCCAUGAUAAUUGAAAGAAUAGAUCUUGAAGCAUUUAAAUAAGCCCUAUCAGUAUUGCUAUUGUUUUAAUAGAUUUAAGCUUUUUAGAAUGGACAUGUAAUAUCAGAUCUCAUUUGUAAAUUACCAAUUAUGUAUAAAAACAUAGAUUGAAGAAAAUACAUAAAUGAAUACUUAUUAGUGCAAAUCAAAUUGUAAGAUUCCAAUUUUAGUUAAUUGUGAUAAGGAAUAAGUUAAAAUGUUAUUAAACCUGCAAAUUUAAAAUACUUUGGUACAUUUGGAAUUUUCAGAUUGUGAUUCAUUUAGACUGAUUUCUUAGUAAUAUAAAGCUUUGAAAUUACACAGAAUAUAAUUUGAAAUAAUUCCGGAAUAGACUUAAUUACGAUUACAAACAUAUUUUGAAACUGACUACAGCAUGAUAAUGAAGUAUCACUUCAACAACUUCAAGAUUUUAGAUAAAAAUAUUAUAGAAAAAGAAAAAUUUACAUAUAAUAGUGAUGAAUUUGUAGAUUCUAUAUCAAUGUUAGAUAAGGAUAGUACGCUUACAUUUCUUCUAACUAAUAAUGGAACAUUGUUAAUUGGUGUUUUGGGUGGAUAAGUAUAUUCGACGAAAUCACUUCUUUCAAGAAUUAUUGUUCAUGAUGAUUAUUGA